UUUGGCUCAAGGCUCAAGGCAACAAUUCUGAGGGGCAGCAUUCAAACUCCGCCAACCAUGGGUGAGUUCACCAUUCGUACCCGCAAGUUCCAGAGCAACCCCCUGCUGGGUCGCAAGCAGUUCGUGCUGGAUAUCAUCCAUCCUGGAAUGGCGAAUGUGUCCAAGAAGGACCUGGCGGACAAGCUGAAGAGCAUGUACAAAGUCCACGACGCGCAGUGCAUCCAGCUCUUCGGCUUCAAGACCGCCUUCGGGGGCGGCCGCAGCUCCGGCUUCGGACUGAUCUACGAGAACCUGGAGAAGCUCAAGAAGUUCGAGCCGAAGUACCGGCUGAAGCGCACCGGCAUCGCCGGAGAGAAGACCGGGCCAGGACGACGUGCCAAGAAGGACAACAAGAACAGGGCGAAGAAGGUGCGCGGCAAGGACAAGGCCAAGGCCACGAAGAAGUGAGCGCCGGCCCCGCCGGCGCGGCCGGAGCGGUCGUAGAGUCUGGGAAGAGUUUGCUGCCUGUUGCCAGAGA